AUGAGUCUCCCUUCUUCUCUCAUCUACAGGGUCCACCGCCAGCUCCGCAAGCUUUCCCAUCGGCUUGUAGGCCACACAUACGACGCCAAACGCGAUAUUGUUCUCGUGACAGGCGGCUGUUCGGGCCUUGGCCACCAUCUUGUGACGGAGUUUGCCGCCAGAGGCAGCCGUGUUGUUGUUCUAGACGUGGCCGAGCCGCGGAACCCUGUCCGCAACGUCACGUACUACCGCUGCGACAUUGGGUCGAUGGACAAUGUGCUUGCGUGCCACGAACGGAUCAAAGCCGACAUUGGCAUUGUCACUGUUCUUGUCAACAACGCCGGCAUCACGGGCGGCCAGACCGUCUUGGACUUGUCGGUGGCUGACAUAGACAAAACCGUGCGGGUCAAUCUUCUUCUGAACUUUUACACCAUCAAGGUCUUUCUUCCCGACAUGCUCAAGGAAAGCAGGGGCUACAUCGUUACCAUCGGCUCCGUCUUAGCCUACAUGCUGCCCGCCCGCCUUUCCGCGUACGGCGCCUCCAAAGCAGGGCUUGUGGCCCUUCACGAACUGCUCACAUACGAGCUCGGCCCGCCGCUGGUCAAUCUGCGUGGAAUCAAAACGUUGCUCGUUUGCCCGGGCCAAAUGAAGACCGAUUUGUUCCGUGGCGUCCGCACACCUUGGUCCUUGGUGGCUCCGGAGCUUGAGCCAGCGGCUGUGGCCCAAAACGUAGUGCAUUGUCUUGAGUUGGGCGAGCGGGGAGAGAUCCAAAUGCCCUUCUACGGCAAGUUUCUUCCCGUCUAUCGGGCGAUUCCGUGGCCCGUGGCAGAGUUGGCACGCCACUUGUCGGGAAUUGACCGGAGCAUGCGGACGUUCAGAGAGGCAGUUAGUCGCAUGGUCAGUCGAGAAGCUUCUGCGGCGGUGUCGGUGCGUCUGGCCACGUCGUUGUGA